AUUUAUUUAUUUAUUUACUCAUUUAUUUAUUUAUUUAUUUUUUUUUCUUCUUCUUUUUUUUUCUUUUUUAGUUUCAUAUUCACGAAGAUAAUCAUUUCCUUUACUUCUCCAUUAUUAAAUCUCCUGCAGGUUCCUUUGUUCUCUCAGCUCUAUGUGUCUGUGUGUGUUUGUUUGUGCGUGUGUGAGUGCGACUCUAUGCUUAUCAAUGAAUCAGUGUCAUAUUCAGAUUAUAACCAGUUUGAAGUUUAAAAGGAGAUCUGUGAAGAAAGAACAUUUAUGACGUUCGUUCUUUUAUUAGAACGUUCAUUUAUCAGAUUGAACCUUUCUUUUUGUUGUUCUUUUUUUUUUUUAUUUUAUUUUAUUUACAAAGUUAAAUCAUUUAAUUGUUUCGUUGGUCGCUCCUUUUGUUCUUUCUUUCUUUUUUUAAGUUAAUUUAAUAACCACAAUUACCAAGGACGAUCGCAAAUUAAAAUAUAUAUAUAUAUAUAGAAAAAAUAUUUUGGCUGUAUGACCAUUUGUUCGUUCGUUCGUUCGAUCUAUCGAACUAUCAAUCGAUCUAUUUAUCUAUCGAUCGAUCGAUCUAUCGAGCGCCAUAUUGCUCUUUCUCUACGUUCAUUCGUCAAACGUAUCGUAAUAAUUGCGUAGUAUUAUCAUUUCGAACGCGUCUUUUUUUUUAUUUCUAUUUUUAUUUAUUUUUUUAUACAGUUCAUCGAAGUACGAAAGAGAAGGAGGGAGAGAGGAUGAUCGAUAGAUCAAACGAAUCGAUAUUAAAUGAAAUAUUUCUUUAUGAUCGGUGAUAACUAAGAGGAUAUAAAAAUAAUAAAUUAUAUCAUUGAAACCUCAUUAAAAAGACUUCUUCUAUGCAAUUUCUAAUGAUAUAUCCAACGGUAUAUCUCUACUCUCCUCUCCUCUCCUCUCUGUUCUUUCCACCGGUCAGAAAAAAAGGAAAAAAAAAAAAAAAAAUAAAAAGAUUAUUUAGUGAUUCAACGAAACGAAUGAAUCGUCGCGGAUGAACACAUUAGAAAAAUGUUAGACCUUGAACCGGUGUGAUCACCGAAGCAAAUAUAUUGACGAGUGUCGGAUAUGAUUCAUCAAAAAUGAUAUUUCACCAUAAAACUCAAUUAAAUCAAUUUAAACAUAGGCGAGAUAUUUAACAAAAGGAGACGAGAAUUUGUCUGAUUGUUUCUCCUUUAUUUUUUUCUUUUUUUUUCUCUGUUUUUUUUUUCUUUCUUUUUUUUCUCUCUCUCUCUCUCUCUUUCCGUUUCCUUCUCUUCUUCCUUCACAACAAUGAAAAAUAAUAUGGAUCGAAAUAUACAAUCGAAAAUUCGUAAUAGAAAAAUGUAUAAUACAUGUAAUAUGUAAUCUAUCUUUAUCUCUCUCUCUCUCUCUCUCUCUCUCUCUCUCUCUCUCUCUCUCUCUCUCUUCUGAGUGAAUUUGAUAGACAUGCUUCAAACCGGAAAUGUUUGUCCAUCCUAUCGCAAAACUGAUAGUAAUAAUAGUGAGUUAUAACGUUUCACAUAUCAGAGAAUAUUGGAGAGUUUUUUCCCUACAAGAAUUUAUUCAUUUUCCAUCUUAUUAAUCCGCGAUCAAUUUAUUGAUUCGUGAGAAAAAGGAAGGAAGAAAGGUAGGAAAAGAGAAAAGGGGUGUACGGACGACCCUUCUUUCAUUAUAUACAAAUUUGUCAAUUACAUUGAUUCAAUGACCUUCCAUUUCUUCGAACCCUCCACCAAUUGCUCCUUUUUAUUAGCCUGAGAGUAAUCUGUUUGUGUCAAACGUGAGAAUAAUAAUGAUAAAAGGUGAUAAGCAAAAAGUAGAACUAAUACAGAUGUAAGAAACGAAGAGUGUUCUCUUCUUCUUCUUCCUUUUUUUUUUUUCGUGAGUGGGGGGGGGGGUAAUAUAUCCUAUCGAGAAAGAAAGAAAGAAAGAAAGAAAGAACAUUAAUGAAAGAUAAAGAUGGAGACAAAACCGAUACCAAAGCCGAGGUCAAUUAUAAUGGCCGAACGUCCAGUACCGGCUCCAAGGAAAGUACCACCGGUACCUGUUGUUUUAUCAUCACCAUCACCGGCAUCAUCGUCAUCAUCGUCAUCGCCGGCACGUAGUAAAAGUCCGAGCGAAUCGAGCCAAUCGAGUCAGAAAAGUGAUGAGAUUGUUAAAUCUAAUAAUAACGAGGGAAGAAAUUCGAAUGAAUUUUUUCGACAAUUGAGUACCAGUUCACGUCAAUUGAAGGAUGAGAUAUCUGAGAAGAUGACGUUAAAGGGACGCGCCGUUAUAUCGAGUACGAGGAACGUCAGUAUACGCCUUGAAAAAUCAAUGAAGAAUCUUUUGACACGGAGAUUAUUGACGUCCCUUAAUCAGGAGGAUAUCAUGCAUGAUUCUAAUGUUAUGAGGAAUACGAAAAAAAUUGGGGACGAUAAUAAUGCCAUUGAUGACGAAAGAUGCGUAUCAAUGCCAGCCGAUGAUAUAUUUAGCAGUAUUACCUUUCACAGUCCGUUCAGUGGUAAUCUUAAAAGUAUCAGAAACGAGGAAGAUCUUUCCGGGCUACGAUAUAGUCCACCACCACCGGUAUAUCCGCCACCCCCGCUUCCUGUAGAAUCAUCUAUCAACGACGAAUUAAAUUCAUUUACAUCGAGCAGCAGCAGCCAUUAUGAUACUCUUAGUUCUACCAUCUCCGAACAAGUACAAAGAGAUUUUCCAGAUUCGAAUUUCAAUAUCUUCAAUUUUAUUCAACGUCAGGGUAGCGAUUCGGAUCAAAGUUUAAAUUUAUCCGACAUAAACGUGAGCUUAACUGGCGACAGCAAGUCCGACAUCGAUAGGAGAUUGUCGAGAUCAGAUUCUUGGACAUUUUAUGACACAACGCCGCCGUCAAACAAAUCCGAAGUUAUUAAUGAACUCGAUAGGAUAUCCAGUACCGAGGAGGAAACGUUAGAACAGGCAGUGAACGUAAAUUUUACAACAUUUAACGCCAGUUUGAUAUCCUUAGAAAAUUCUAUUUAUGAUAAUAAUAUUACGUCGAAGAGUAAUAAAGAUGAGAAAUUAUUUGAAUCGAUGUUAUCCGAUGUAAAACAAGGGAGUAGCAGUGGUAGUAAUAAAUCUUUACUAUUCGAAUUCGAUCCAUUCGCAAAGACUACCGAGGAAAACAUUUAUAAUAAUUACGAGAGCAAUGAUUUGAUGUUAUUGGAAGCAUUAUUAUUGACUAAUGAUUCCUCGAGUAAUCCUGGAAGUACCGUAGAUCUUCACGAAGAUAACGAGAACGAGGAACCAACGGAAUUGGAAGAGAAAAGGCUCGAGGACUCUUUGAUACCACCAGAACCACCUAAGAGAUUCGAUUCUUUACCUAAGAACGAAUACGACGAGGUUGAAAUUGGAAAGAAUCCAGCACUUUUACCAAAAUUGGUUCAAAUGACAAAAAAAAAGCAACCAGCUGUACCACCUAGAAAAACAACCGUCAAAGUAAUUCCUAAUGUAUCAUCAACGACCAUAGAAUCUAAAAUGGCUAAUACUACGGGGAAAAUUGUCGUCGACGAUGCCACGUCGAAUUCUCUUGUUAAAACGACUUACGACGAUACGAGGAAAGUCAGUGUAAUUCAAAAAUUAAAGAAAUUAAGUCAAGAUUCAACGGCCAACGUGAUCAAACCGAACGUCAUAAGUUUUGUUAGAAGUGGUAGUAAAUUGUUAUCGAGAAAUCGUGAUCACGAGGGAUCUACCGAUCAUAAUUCGAAGCAAAUUAAAAUGGAUAGACCUAAGUGUAAUAUUUCUCAAUGUAAUUCGACUCAUAGAGGUAUUGUUUAUAAAACUGGUGUUGGUAUUGAAAGAGCUAAAGAUUUGAUUCAAAGGGCUGCCGUUUUGACUGGUCCAAAAUUAUCUUUUUAUAAUGACAAAAGUAUGUCAACCCUGAAGGAAACUAUUAAUCUUGAAAAUGUUUAUAGCAUUCAUCUCUUGCAAGAUAUUAAAGUAGUAGACGGUGAAACGGUACAUUGCAUAGCGAUUAGCAGUGAAUCUAAACCCCAUGUAUAUAUAUUCUAUGCAAAGGGUAUCGCGGAGAGAAGAAGUUGGGCUCAAAAAAUUUUAGAAGCAAUGACAUCGGUUUUCCCUAUAAAAUACACAUCCGAUCUUACUAGAGCUGGUUGGGUUUACUUAAAGGAGGGUAUAACGGGUACAUGGUUCUCAGCUUGGGUUCUUCUUCAAAAAAGAACAUUGGUUUAUACGAAUUCAUUGGAGCCUCCGAUAUUGGAAUAUUUAGAUUUACGAAAGGCACGUUAUAUAGUAUUGAGAGAACAAGAAGGACCAAAUUCGGAUAAUGAAUAUGUACCUGUAGUAGUGGUUGACGCUGGUGAUUCCGGUGCAUUGCAUAUAGCAGCACCUGGUUCAAAAGAAGCUUCAGCUUGGAGACAUGCUUUGUAUCAAGCCGCUACCAACUGUGGUCCGGCAUUACAACAACAACAAAUAACGCAUGACAAUGUCCCUGUUAUUCUCGACAAAUGCAUCAAUUUUAUCUCCACGCAUGGUAUAAUGUCGGAAGGAAUUUAUCGUCGCAGCGGAUCUAGUAGUGCCGUUAUUAAAUUAUUGGAAGCCUUUAGAAGAGACGCAUGGGCGAUACAAAUUACUCGAGGAUCUUACACAGAACACGACGUUGCUACGGUUCUUCGAAGAUUUCUUCGGGAUUUACCGGAAUCUUUAUUUCCCGCCAGUAUACAUAAUCUGCUUUGUCGAUGCUCAGAACUUAGCAAUGAAAGUGAAAGAAUACAGAUUUAUAGAAAUUUAUUGACGACAUUGGAUCCUAUAACAUCAGCAACUAUACGUCGAAUACUUGCUCAUUUACAUUAUCUUAGUCAACAAAGUUCAAGAAACUUGAUGACCGUUGAGAAUCUCUCAGCAGUUUGGGGACCUACAUUAAUGCACGCAGGAGAGAAUAGUGCUGAGGAUUGGAACAGGGAGGAGACAAAAGUGAUUGGCGAUUUGAUACAUUUAUUUCCAAAAUUAUAUCAAUUGUCUCACGCGGAUCUCGCUAAGGAAGCUAAAAUUUUAGAAGUUCUUGAGAAACAUCAUGUUUCUAAUAAUGGAUUGCGCGGUGCACCGUCAGGCGAUUUAAAAAUUUGGAUAUAUUUACUUUCGAAAGAAGGAGAAUGCAUUAACGUAUCGAUCGGAGCGCAAAAGACGGCAUUCGAUGUAUGUCGUGAAUUGUCAGAAAAAGCUAAUCUACUUGCUCAUGAAUUGUGUUUAGAAGAAUAUGCACUUUCGGGUGCAUUGAAGAGACCACUUCAUCAUAACGAACGUGUAUUAGAAACAGUUGCUAGAUGGGGUUAUUGGGAUCCAGAUGAUAGGAAGGAUAAUAUCUUAAUAUUGAAGAAGGAUAGAUUAUACAGAGAUAUUGUACCAUUGAUCAAACCACCCAUGACGAUAUCGGGCGAAUUGAAAUAUGCAGACGUAAAGUCGAAAAAUUUUAAGAAUUAUCUUUUCGAAUUUAGUCAGGCUAAAUUGUAUUGUUACAAAGAUAAAGUUUGUUCUACCAAAUUGCACGAAUGGAAAAUUGAAGAUAUUAUUUGGUAUAUAGGUCAUGAGACCAAACGCAAUCCACAAAUGGGCUGGACUAUUACGUUUAUAUUAAGAAAUAAAAAACCAACAAGAUGCAAGGAAAAUCCUUUCUUUGGUAAUAUUUUAGCUGGUACAUAUAAGAAUGAACAAUACAAAUGGUUAGCUGCUAUGCUUUUUGGAGAAUUUCAAACCAACCUACGUCCAUCUGCUAUAAAUUUAAUGGACAUAUAACUAUAUGUAAAUGAAUAUUUUUGUAAAUUACAGGGUUUUUAUAGAAUGUAGAAUACCUACUGCCACUUAAAUUGUUUUAACGAGAGCUUAGACUUUUAUAAUAAAGAUUAUAUUUUAAAUA